AUGAUGCGCCGAAAAGAGGUUUAUACCAAUAUCACGCCCAUCCCCUCAUCUGUCCCCCGCCAACUAGCCCUCGACAUCCUACACAGUCAUAGCGAAAUAAUCACACUGAACCCACUUGUCCUCACACAUCAGCCGAUCAGGGCCCCACGGGAUGCCGUUGCCGACGAGUACUACUCGACAUGGUACGAGAUAACGGAACGAGUGCAAUACGUUCCGGGCCUAGGCAAGAUGGGGUCUGGCAAGAUCAGCUUCAACGGCUGUUUCCACAACGUCGCAUGGGGGCUAGAAACCCAUAUGUAUGCGCCCAUGGGAAUCGACCUCAAAAGCAAAUGGCGCAUCGCAGGCAACCAGCGCGAUGAGCCACCGGAAUUACAGAAACGGUUCGCAGACGGCGCUCCGCAAACUGGACUCUAUCUGCGCGAGGAUAUCGAGAUCGAGUGUAACCGCACCCUAAGUUCUUUUGUCAAGACUCAGUUAAAGGCUGCUUCGAAGGUACUGGUAGAUCGUCUGAUUAAGAAAGCCGAGCUUCUUGAUGCGGGUGUGUUGCAGGCUAUGAUGGAGGAUGGAAAAUUGACGACCUAUAAUCCGGCCGAUCGAUCGAGCAGGAUUAUAAGACAGCCAUCGCAGUCGUCACAGAUACAGUCGGAUCAAAUGUCGAGGUCGUCGUCGUCAUCUCGGGUACCGAGAUCGCCGACGGGUUCGGUGCAGUUGGGAUCGAUGUCUCCUGGGUAUACGUCUCCGCUGCAAUAUGGACAGGAACACAGUAAAAACUUUGCUGUGGAAUUGCCGGCGGAUUUCUAUCAUUCACAACCCACAUCUGAUAAAUAUCAAGAAUUGCCGGAUACUAGUCGAUAUUCGAAAUCAUCACGGCUGGAUAAGGGCUAUAGUGAACUGCCUGCUAUGGAAGAAAGUCCAGAGGAGCGCAGUGAAGGGGUGUCGCCUUAUAAGCCUUACAGGCCAAAGGGCUAG